AUGGCUGAAUUCCUAAAAGAUAUAGAUCCAAGAAUCAUUGAUCCUAAGGACCUAGAUCCAAGAAUCUCAUAUGAUCAAACUGAAGACCAAUGGUUAUUUGAAGAUCCUCAAACAUUAGAAAGUUUCCAAUUCAAUGAUGUUUUAGAAAGAUGGUUACCAAUUGAAUCAUUAAAUGAAGAUUUAAGUGAUGCUCAAAAAGAAUUACAAGAAAAGAAAAGACAAAAACUUCAAGAAGUAAAAGAAGCUAAACAAGCUAAAUCAAAACAAAAAGUUUCUACUGCUGUUUAUGUCUCGAAUUUACCAUUAGAUACAGAUGUUACUGAAUUAAAAGAAAUUUUCUCUAAAUAUGGUAUUAUAGCAGAGGAUUUACUCACGGGGAAAUCAAAGAUCAAAUUAUAUACAAAUGAGCAAAAUGAAUUUAAAGGUGAUGCUCUUGUGGUGUAUCUUAAACCUGAAAGUGUUGAAUUAGCUGUACAAAUGUUGAAUGAAACAAAAUUACGUGUAAAUGGAGAUGUUAUUUCAGUUCAAAAAGCAGAAUUUAAUCAAUCCAAAACUGAAGAUAAUGAAAAGAAACACAAGAGACCUUUGACUGAAGAAGAAAAAUCCAUUAUAAGGAAAAGGUUGAAAACUUUGAAUGAAAAAGUUGAUGAUUGGAAUGGUGAAGAUGAUCAAAUUAAUCCAAAAUGGAUAAGGACUGUGAUAAUUAAAAGAGCAUUCACUUUAAAAGAAUUAGAAGAAGACCCAGAUGCAUUGAAAGAAAUAGAAGAAGAUAUGAUGGAAGGUUGUGAAGAAUUGGGUCAAGUGGAAAAAGUUAUUGUAUUUGAUCAAGAAGAAGAAGGUGUUGUGAUGGUUAGAUUUUAUAAUAGUGAAUCCGCAGUUAAAUGCAUUGAUGUAAGUCAAAAACUAGCAGUUACUAGAUAUAAUGGUGAACAUUAUAAUAAAUCUGAACCCAAAUCUAAAGACAAAACAGAUAAUACCCCCAUCAGAAUCCCCACAGGAGUCGAAGAUAACGAUGAAGAAGAAGAAAGGAUCCAAUCGUUUAUUAAACAUGUUGAUGAAGAAUAG